AUGGCGGCGCCCAUAUACAAACAACGAACCUGUCCAAAAGUUGGUGUUGGUACGAUAGUUACCAAUAAAAAUCAUCCUAACUGUGUGUUGUUAGGAAAACGGAAGAAUUCUGCCGGUAACGGAUUGUAUGCAUUACCAGGUGGUCAUUUGGAAUUCGGCGAGGGAUGGUGCGAGUGUGGGGCCAGAGAACUGAUGGAGGAGACUGGAUUAGUGGUGCAGGACAUGACGUAUUGUGGUGUGGUCAAUACUGUAAUGGACACAGAAAACCUUCAUUAUAUUGACCUGUUUGUACGUGGGGAAGUGGACAACACUCACAAUGGGGAGCCCACUAACAAGGAGCAACAUAAAAGUGAAGGUUGGCAUUGGUUUGAUUGGGACAACCUUCCUCCUUUGGAUCAGUUGUUUCUUCCUCUUCGUCUCCUUCUGCAACAAGGCUAUCAUCCUUUCAAAGAAACUGCUGACAUCACUGCACAAAGUUCCAGGGAACCUGCAGCACCUACAUUAAAUCAGCACAACCGUCCUGGUGUUGGUGUGGGUGUAAUAGUAACAAGUCCCAACCAUCCUGGUUGUGUGUUGUUAGGGGUGAGAAAAGGAUCUACUGGGGUUGGGCUGUUUGCAUUUCCUGGUGGGCACUUAGAAUUUGGGGAGGAAUGGUGUGAGUGUGGGUCUCGUGAGGCGCUGGAGGAAACAGGAUUGGUCUUGAAGGACAUGGCAUUUGUUAGUGUGGUCAAUGCAAUAAAGCUAACAGAGGACUACCACUACAUCACUUUGUUUGUACGUGGGGAAGUGGACAUGACAGUAAGCUCAGAACCACAGAACCUAGAGCCACAUAAAUGUGAAGGGUGGCAGUGGACAAAUUGGGAUGAACUUCCACCUCAAAAUCAGCUGUUUCGUCCUCUAAAACUACUUGUACAACAAGGAUAUCAUCCAUUUGUAUCCAAAUAACAGUAAUCAAUGUUAUCAUUAUCAUGUACUAUCAUUAUCAUAAACAUUAAACCCAUUUUGUACACUAUUCAUCAUCAUGAACAUUAAAAUGAUCUUGUA